CUGGAUUCUGCGAAAGUGACAAAAAAAACCAGUUUGGACAACUUGGAUAUAUUUUAUGAUUGAUAUAUAUAGCCAUGUCUGUAUUUCUCAUGCCUUGUAAGGUUUUAACGUUACUUCCAUUGGUUUUAUGUUACUAUGAAGUUUGGUCAUACAAACCUGUUGUUAUAAUCCAUGGAAUUCUUGAUACGGCUGCAUCUAUGGAUGAUUUGAAGUUGAUGAUAAAGCAAGCACAUCCAGAAACGAACGUUACUGUAUUCAGUCUUUACGAUGAAAUAAGUAGCAUUGACACUCCAAUGUGGACACAAGUGAAUGGUUUCAAAGAAGCUUUGGAGAAGGUUAUGGCAGAAUCAAAAGAUGGCAUUCAUCUUAUUGGUUAUUCACAAGGAGGAAUUAUGGCCCGUGCUGUCAUUGAAAACAGCUCCAACCAUAAUGUGGUGAACUUUAUUAGCCUUUCCAGUCCACAGAUGGGACAGUUUGGAGUGACAUCUUAUUUGUCAAAGUUUUUACCAAAAAUAUCAAGGGAAUUUUUAUAUAGCCUUCUCUACACCCAAGUAUUUCAAGACUCUCUAAGUUUGGCAAAUUAUUGGAACGAUCCCCUACAUGCAAAAGAGUACCUUGCUGGAUGUAAUUUUCUUCCUUUUGUAAACAACAAUGACAAAUCAAAGCUUGCAGAUAAAGAAUUGUACAAAAUACAAAAGCAGAACUUUGAGAAGAUAAAAAAUCUAAUAGUGAUUGGUGGUCCUCAAGAUGGCGUCAUCACACCUUGGCAAUCGGCAUUGUUUGGUUUUUAUGACGUGAAACUCGAGGUUUUACCAAUGAAACAGCAGAAGGCGUAUCUGGAAGAUUGGUUUGGCUUGAAAACAAUUGAUAUGAGAAACGCAAUUCAUUCGUACACCUUUCCAAAUAUUUCCCACGUUCAUUGGCACCAUUCAAAAGUCGUUUUCGAUAAAGCUAUCGAACCUUGGUUAACUUGACAUGAAGCGUACUUAAUAUAGCUUGCCCACUUGAAAGUUUCCUUUAGAAUAAACGCUUUAGCUUAUGUUCAUUCGGCUACAGAAAUUUGUAAUUGUUUGAUGAAUGAACAAUUAUACUUUUUGGGUUAUUUUUGCUUGUGUUCAAA